GUUGCCUCGGACCAACAAAACUUGCAAACAAUUUGAUUUUGUUUUUAUUUCUAUUUUUAUAUUAGUAUUUUGUAUGUAAACUAUUUAGCCUGUAGACAAUACAACUAUACCUAAUUAUAACCAACAAGCCCACCAGCCAAAAGUCUCUGAUUUCUGAACUAGAGUAGAACAGACCACGAAGUCUUCUGUGACCUAUUUUGUAAGUAUGAAAACUCAGAUGCUUAUGAGAUGGGUCAGAUUUGACUUACUUGACCUAACCUGAGAGUAAAUAAAAUAAGGUACAAGGUGUAAGAAAUUAAGCACCAUAAAACAAUUGUUCAAUUGAAUGCAUUUUUUCCCCUGAUGUUCUUGUCUGACCUGCUGUACAACAUAUCAAAAGAUGAUCAAAAACUGAUCCACCCUCUUAAAACACUCACCAGGAAGAGACUUAUUAUUUCACUCAUUUCUGUCAGACUGACGCUUUUCUGAAUUUCAGGACAAAAUCAAAAAGGAAUCAUCGAUCAUCGACAAAUUUUCAAGAGGCAUUUUUAAGUUGACAACAGACCAUAAUCGUGGUUAUUAUUAUUAUUUUUAUUUUUUUUCAUCAUUCAAAUGGAGAAAGUAAUGAUUGCUGGAGCUCAAACAGAGGAAAUGUAUUCACAAGCUGAAUAUGAUUAUAUUUGUCCUGUGUGUUUUGAUAUUUUCACGGAUCCUGUUCUUUUAUCAUGUAGUCACAGUUUCUGUAAAGAGUGUGUUCAACAGUUCUGGAGAACCAAGAAAACUCAGGAGUGUCCAAUGUGCAAAAAAUCCUCAAGAGAGGAACCUCCAAUUAAUCUGGCGUUAAAAAACUUGUGUGAGUCAUUCCUGAAGGAGAGAAAUGAGAGGUGUUCAUCAGGAUCUGAGGAGAUCUGCAGUUUACACAGUGAGAAACUCAAACUCUUCUGUCUGGAGGACAAACAGCCGGUGUGUUUAGUGUGCAGAGAUUCACAGCAACACGUCAAUCAUAAAUUCAAACCCAUCAGUGAAGUGGUUUCAUCAUAUAAGGAGAUGCUCAAUACAGCACUGAAAUCAUUACAAGAGAAACUUCAACACAGAGAGAAAAUUAAAGAAGAGUUUGAGGAAACAGUUCUACAGAUCAAGUCUCAAGAUGAGCACACAGAGCGUCAGAUUAAACAGCAGUUUGAGAAGCUUCAUCAGUUUCUCAGAGAUGAAGAAGAAGCUACAAUCACUGCACUGAGGGAGGAAGAGGAGCAGAAGAUGCAGAUGAUGAAGGAGAAACUGGGGGAGAUCAACAGACACAUCUCAGCUCUUUCACACACAAUCAAAGACACGGAGGAGAUGAUGAAAGCCAGUGAUGUCUGCUUUCUGAAGGAGUUUCCAGUUUCAAUGGAAAGAGUCCAGAUCUCAUCACAGCCGGAUCCACAGACGCCUUCUGGAGCUUUGAUUCAUUUGACACGUUACUUGGACAACCUGCCCUUCAGAGUCUGGAAGAAGAUGCAGGACAUCGUCCAGAACACAUCAGAAGGGGAGAGGCUGACCAGACAUAUUCCAGUCAUCAAAUACAGUGGUCAUGCUGAACCAGAAACUCCUGAUGACAGUCUCUCAUCCAGACGGAUUGUUCUUCUGGGUCAAACUGGUGUUGGGAAGAGUGCAUCCGGAAACACAAUAUUGGGACAGAAAGAGUUCAGAUCCAUGAGGAGAAUGAAUUCUGUAACAACCAAAUGUUCAGAUGCACACGCCACUGUUUCAGGCAGAUCUGUUACUAUAGUUGAUACUCCUGGAUUAUUUGGCACACAGAUGAAACAUGAAGAGUUAAUGACAGAGAAAGGGAGAAGUGUUUAUUUAUCCAGUCCCGGACCACAGGCUUUUCUCAUUGUUUUAAGAGUAAAUGACAGAUUCACUGAGGAGCAGCAGCAGAUUCCUCAAAAGAUUGAGAUGUUGUUUGGUGAGGAGGUGUUAAAAUACUCCAUCAUUCUCUUCACUCAUGGAGAUCUGCUAGGAAGUACAGUAGAGAAAAUCAUUGACAGAUAUCCUGCAUUAAGACAUCUAGUUGAUCAGUGUGGAGGCAGAUUUCAUGUCUUCAACAAUAGAAAUGAGAAUAACAGAGAGCAGGUGAAUGAACUACUGCAGAAGAUUGAUAAAAUGAUAGAGCAAAAUGGAGGGGGACAUUACAGUAUUCAGAUGUUUGAAGAUGCUCAGAAAUUCAGACGAGAGAAAGAAAAAAGAAAACGGAGAGAGGAAGAGCAGAGAAAACAAGAGGAGCAACAAAGACAGGAGAUUGAGACAGUGAGAAAAGAGGCAGAGAAAAUCAGAGCAGAGUGUGAAGCUCAGAAAUCGUCUGAACUAACAAGACUCAAAGCAGAGCUAGAGAAUGGAUACAAUGAGCAAAUUAAACAAAAACAAGAGGAAAUUAAGGGAACAAAAAAGACAGAGCCAAGAAUCAGAGCAGAUUUAAAUGCUCAGAGACUUGAACAAGGCAGACUUAAAGCAGAGAAACGGAGUGAGAGUAAACGGCAAGUGGAAAUACUUAGACUAGUGAAUAUUGCAACAAUCAGAGCAGAGAAAAAUGCUCAGAGACUUGAACUAGACAGACUUAAAGCAGAGACACAGAGUGAGAGUAAACGGCAAGUAGAAAAACUUAGACUAGUGAAUAUUGCAAAAAUCAGAGCAGAGAAAAAAACAACCAGUGUAUUUAUACGUUUUUUUACCAAGCAUAGGUUUUGGUUUUUUACUUUUGGUUUUGCUGGAUUGUUGACUGGUUUCCCCAUUCUAAUAUAUUGCAGUGCUUCUUAUGCUAUUCAUAAUGGAGCUUCAGUUGGAAAAUGUUUGGUUAUAGGAACUUUUUCUUCUGCAGCAGUUGGUUUAACUAUUAGUAGAGCUAUUGCUGGAGCCAUUUGUGAACCUUCAGAUUAGAGUAAGUAGAUCAACAAAGAACAAAAAAGAGGGUUGAGGUACUGUAGCAACUCGUAAUGUAAUAAAGUAUAAUGUGAUUGCAAAUAGGUAUUACAUAAUAAGUACUGCAUUAUGAAUGUAAUAGGAUGUUCAUAAUGUAGUAAUUUUCACAAAAUCCUAAGGUCAUAAUUUAAUGUUUUCAAUGAGAAAUUUACUAUAUUAUGAACACACUGCAGCAACUUGCAGUGUAAUCGCAGAUCGUACUAGCAACAGAUAAUGUAGAAGUGAAGCAAUGUUUCUCUAAAACAAAAAUAAUAUAGUUAGGCACACAAAACGUAAUAUAUACUUUUAAUUGGUUAUUAUGUAAAAGGAAUGUAGGGUAGGCUACAUUGUGAAUUUAAACAUUUUUAAUUUGAUCUGCAUCGAGUCCUAGAAUUUUUUUAAGUUAAAUUUAUUAAGUUAAUUUAAGUAUAAAUUAAAUACAAAAAGAGACAUCUAGAGGUUAGAUCCUCAAAAUGUAUAGUCACAGGUGUAUCUAUUUAAGUCUCUAUUGUUUAACACCCUGACGAAGGCCUGCUUGGGCUGAUACGCAUUGGUGUCUUUUUAAUAUGUAGCCCUGUCUUAUAAUAAAGGCUUUUUACUUUGCUUGCUAUGUGAGUGCCUGGAUGUGUUUUUUUUGUUUGUUUUUUUCCCUUUUUUUUUUUUUGUUUGUUUGCAAUGGGAUCCACUUUUUAUUUUUAUCUUUAAAUGUUAUUGUGUGUUUGUACUUUGUAAAGGAUGACCCUAUGGUUUGUUUUUUUUGUUUUUUUUAAAUCGCUACCGGUGUGGCUCCCUUCUCUGGUGGGUAGAGAAAUUGAAGUGGAGCGAGCACAUUGCAUCUAUACAAAAGCCUAUCAGAUCGCGCUAAACCAUGGGUCUUUCUCUUCAAACUGUUACGGUACACAGACAGAGAGCUGUCAGUCUGCGGGCUGCCAGACUUCAUGCUCCAGUGAAAACAAGCGACAGAGCAACACUGACCUUCUUUUCAGACUUUUCUCCCGUGACUGCAAAAAGAAUUGCAUUUGCACCAGUUCGGAAGGAAAUGAGGGAAGCUAGUAUCCAGAAUUUUCU